AUGGGCCCUUAUGUGCCCCCAGGCCAGUCAGCUCCUUUCGAGGUAGUCGAUGAAUAUCACCAUGGCGCAUGGAUAAUCAUCACUGCUGCACUGGGGCUCGUGGUCUCACUGGUCUGCUUUUUGAUUCGGCUUUAUGUGCGAUUAAUGCUGAUUCCGCCCUUCGCGAGGGACGAUUUCGUGUUAUUGGGCGCUACGGUUAUGGCGAUCAUACAAUCCUCACUGAUAUUCUACGCAUGUUCGCGCGGUUUCGGUACAUCCAUUACUUUGCUGGACGAUAUUCGCCUGAACCAGGUCCAAGGAUUAAUUGCAACAAGCGACAUCUUCGCUCUGAUCAUUAUCUAUCUUUCGAAAUGUUGCGUUGUGGCGAUCUAUCUCCGUCUUACGCCCCAGAAGCCACAUAACAGAGCCUCGUGGGCAACUUUGGCACUUUGCACGGCUUGGCUAAUCCCAGCUGUAUUUAUCUUGUUGGUCAAUUGUGAGCUGAACAAACCAUGGCGGACACAGGGUGGACAAUGUUUAAAUCUGGUGACAGUCGACGUGAUUACCGAGCUCAUAAUAUUCCUCCUGGCGGUGGUCCUCCUAAAAGGCCUCUUCAUGUCCAUGAAACGCAAGCUAGCCAUUGGCUUCGCAUUCAUAUUUCGAUUCCCUCUAAUCAUAUUCACUCUUCUCCACAUCUCGACCCUCCACUCCGCCCUCGCUGAGCCAGACGUAACCCUCGCCGCCGUCGAGCCCACCCUUUGGCUCCAAGUCGAAGUACAUUAUGCCCUCGUCGCGUGCAGUAUCUUUUGCCUCCGUCCAUUCAUGGCAGCCGUCAGCACAAACUACGGAACAGCCGGGGACUCGAAUUUGGAAAGUAGUGUAUCCGCGUCACAAAGCAAGUCGAAAUCGGGGUCUGGGUCUGGAUCGGGAUCUGGGUCCGGGAGUCGCAGUAGGAGUCUAUGUCGGGUUCGAGGGAAAAGGGCUGGGACGGAACGGGAUACUAGGGGCCUGAGGUCGGCUUCAAAGGAGAAAUUGUGCGAUGGGAUUGUGAAAAGUGAUCAGGAAUUUGAGGGGAGAAAGCGAGAGGAGAUAAGGGCGCCGAUGCGAAGUUCUAUGUUCCCGAUUAGUGAGCCUGGGAAGAGCUUUGCGCGUGUGGAGAAGAGGAAGGACGGGCGUGGAGUGGGACCUGGUUCAAGGGAGGAUGUGGAUGCAAUUGAGCUGAUGCCUCAGACGAAAAGGCAAAGUCGGAUCGCGGGUGAUGUAAUGGAGGAGGAUUCGGACGCAAUGGUGAUCCGGAAAGAGGUCCAGUAUUCAGUGCAGUAUGAGUAUGAUGAGGCAAGAAGGAGGGGCCAAGGGCCUUCGAAUAGGAUCUCGAAUGAUGCCAUGGCUUAUGUUUAG